AUGGAUGAUCAUCAAGGAACAGUUUUUCCGCUUAUUCGAUGCAAGUUUAAAAAAUUUUGUUUAAAUCGAUAUCUGGAGAAGGUUAAUGGCUCUUUCACGUUUGUUGCGGAUUAUUUCAAUCAAAAUGUUUUUGGUUGGGAACCAUUAAUUGAAGAUUGGGAGUUAAAACAACUAUCGGUGCUUACUAAGAAGAACACGACAGUUAUAGACGUUUUUGCUGGUGAAUUCAGUACUUUUAACGUCAAUAUCACUCAAGCAUUUUUGCGACAAGCAGUACGUUUCAGUUUGCAAUUGUCUGAAAUCAGACAUUCUUUGGAUGAAGAUUUUCGGGGGUCAUGUGUUCGAUCAAGAUCGGAUCAUCUUCCUUAUAUUUUGCACAAUGAAACCGGUUCUAGUCUACGUUUCACAACAGCUACUGACGAAGUUCUAGAAGCUAGAUCUAUGCAAAGGAAGUCCACAGCCAAAUGGUAUCAAACAGCGGCAGAUGCAUCCACUACUUUCGAAUUUCCCACAAAACGACUUACUAUUGCAGAAAAUUCGGAAGAAAUCCAUCAGCUCAUAGUACGUGUUGAUGGUUGGGAUGAGAUAUCUCCAGUAAAUGUGGAUGCAGUAGGCACAUAUUUUCGACUUGCUAGAUGUUCAACUUCCAGAGUUGCAGACAGUAAUUUUGGUAUUAAUGUUCGUUUGGUGAUUGUUGUUACAAUGGAUAAGAAUGGUCGAAAAGUAGUGACUAUAAGAUCUGCACUAACAGUUAUCAACCAUCUUCUUGAUCCCAUUUUAUUGAUUCUUACCUGUGGAAGUUCGAAAGUUCCAGAAACAUCAAUCAUUCGAGUUGAUCCGAAGAAAACAUUGCAUGUACCACUCAAAUUCGCGAGUGCUUCAAUGGCUGUCAAACCAGAUGGUUGGAAUUGUUCGAAGACUCAUGAAGUCAAAUGGCAAGAAGCAAAGAGUGCAGGGGAAAGAAUCAAUAAAUUGUUGAAAUUUGAUAUAUUUGAUAUAUGCUAUUGGAUGUGCUUAUCUAUAAAACGAGAACAUUAUCCGGAAUACGAAAUGCUGUCUGGGCAUACAAUAAGCUUCUCACCUCCCCUUUCGGUCCUCAACUUAUUACCGGUUGAUGCAGAAUUUCGUAUUUUUAAUACAAAAUAUGCUGUUUCCGCCAGCAAACAAGUGCAAAUUACAUCUGUUAAUACCGCCGAAAAUAUCAGUUUUGAGGUCGUCACCGAUCGAUUUGUCUCAGUGCGCGAAGUUACGGUCACGAAAUCUUCACUAACCCAAAAAGCCGGUGAUGUAGAUCGCUUACAUCUACGCAUGAAAGAUUCGAAAAAACGAUACCUAGACAUGUACUGUAGUCUAAGUAUUGGUAGUAGUGGAUCUGUUUUGCUGGCCUUGUGGGUACCAUACUGGAUCGUUAAUAAGUCCGGUAUUCCACUAAUUAUUAAACAGGAAGCAACAAAUGGUAUAGCUGCUGGACAAAUGGAAGAACAUGAAAGUGCAAAGGAUCGAAAUCCAUUGAUGUUUUCAUUUGCUAACGAUAACUGUCCACGACAAUGUACUAUUAGGAUCGGCAAAAAUCAUACCUGUGAUCAGAGUUACAAACCAUUGUUUGGACCCAAGUUUCCACUUACAGUUGGGUUACACUCCAUGAAAUUACGGCUAGUUCAUGAUCAACAUCCAACACAGAUAUACAAUAUUGGUGUAGAAGUACGACAGGGAACUGGUAGGUACAAAGAUACCCAAGUUGUUAUGCUUACCCCACGUUACGUGCUCAGUAAUCAAACUUCUUUCGGACUUUCGCUAAGCCAUAUCGAUCGUAUCGAUCAACCCAAUGAGCAUGUAAAAGUGGCUAGCAAGUGCAGCCUAAUUUGGAAUGAAAAUUUUGAAGACAAUCGAAUGAUAUGUGUAAAACGUGAUGAUGUCAAGUAUUGGAGUUGUCCAUUUAGAAUCGAUCUCAUUAGCUCCUUUCAUGUUACUAUGAGAGAUGUAGAUGAAACUCCUCAGUUUCUGAGAGUUGAAGUGAUACUCAACAGUGCUAUAUUUUACGUUACUUUCACGGACGUUCGUUACUACCCACCACCAAUUCAGCUAGAAAAUCUAUCCGACGUUCCUGUGUUAUAUCAGCAAAAAAUUGAAAGGCCUUGUUCUCAUUUGCGUACGAUUUGUAAAGCACGAAGUGCAGUAGAUUAUGCUUGGGACGAUCAUUACGCACCAAAAUUAUUGAUCCUUCAAGUGUUCGAGAACAAAUCGAAUUUUUAUGAUCCACAAAAGCCAGGAAUGGGACCACCUUUGGUGUAUACUAACGAUGUUUUUAUCAAAUUUGCGCAUUCUUUCAACAGGCAGAAACCGAAAGACGGCUUCACAGAUGAACUUGAAUUGGCUUUGGAGGUGCUACAUAAAGGGAAAGUAAUACUUAAUAAACUAAAUCCCAGCGACAGUAGUCGUAAUCAGUUGUGGCGUUUUACACAAGAUGGUUGUCUUGAAAAUAUUGGAAUGAAUAAUCGCGCAAAAAUGGGCGAACGCUACGUGCUUGACGUUCUGGAUAAUGGUGGAUUUGUGUUAAUGAUGUUGAAACGAAAUUCAGCAAGGGACCGUUUUCAAAAAUGGCAAUUUACAUCGGAAAAGCAAUUACGUUGUAAAGUGGAAGGAAUGUUUGUUGAGGCACGCAAAACAGAAGUUGUACUUGCUAUCCCAAAUAAGAAAUCUAUAUUGAAUAAGAAAGGAAUUCCACUUGAGCAGAUAUGGGAGUUACAGUCGCAACUCCCAGGAAGUGGCAUUUUAGAUGUAGAAUGUUUUCACAGAGGACCUACUUUGGUAGUCCGCAUAACGGAUCGGCAAAAAUCAUGUCAGACACAUGCAAUGUACCGUUCUGGUCAGUUAUUUCAUUUGCAACCACCAUCCAAUGGUUGUGAAACAAAUUUUAACAAUGUGUGGAAUUUUGAAUUGAAUGUUUCGAUGCAAAAUGGUAUUGGCCUAUCUUUCAUCAAUGGAUUACAUGAAGAACUGAUUUAUGCACGAUUUCAAGGAAUAGUACUACAUGUGAAUCGUCAAGGUCCAACAUAUCAGAUUACCGGUAGCGUUGAAGUGAUUCAGGCUGAUAAUCAACUGCUGACGACAGAUCGAUGGCAGGUUUUGUUCUGUCAACAAGAUAUGACAAGUACUGAUCCAAGUCUCCAAGAAUCACAUGUUUCGGUUCCUGCUUUGAAAUUAGAAAUGAAUUGGACACCACUGGAACACUAUGAUGCAUUUGACUGUUUUCGGUUGAAAAUGUGUGAUUUGUCCGUACAACUCGAUGAAACACUAUUAUGGAAAAUUGUUCAGUUUGUGCAAAAGACGGAAGCAGCUGAAAGUAUGAAGCCUAAUGCGUUAUUGCAGCCACCAAACACGGAACUUGAUAAAUUAGAUCGGGUGCAAGCGCGUAGAUGUUAUUUUGGAACAUUUGACUUAGAAAUUGGUGCUGUGGCGCUUUCAGUUGUAACAGUUGGCAUAAGUGGCCUUUCACCUGAUUUGCGAAAACUAAAGCGGCAGUUCAAUGUGAAAUUGGUCAGUUUUGAGAACGCAAUGAUUUCUCUUCCUCCAUUUCGACAGUUUCGAUAUUUUGAAACGUUUUCGUUUCUGAUUGAAACACUCAACAAAUUUUAUCUUGAAGAGUUAAAAAAUCAGACCUUCAAUAUCGUAGUGACAAUGGAUGCUUUCGGUAAUCCGUUGGGUCUUGCUUCUGAUUUAAAGGAAAGUUUUGAAGGACUAUUGUUCGAAGGCAAUUUGGGUGGUUUUGUUAGCGGCUUAGGAUAUUGUUUCACUAACAGUCUAUCAAAGGUAGCGUCAUCGAUGGCUACUGGUGUCGGUGCGUUAACGUUCGACGAACGGCAUGAAAUGAUGAGGCGACGAAUGUUACGUUGCCAGCCGCAGGCGGACAGUAAUACUGCUCUUGCUCAUCUUUAUUGUGGUGUGAAGGGUUUGGGUGUUGGUGUUUUGGGCGGCUUAACUGCUAUUUUGACUAAUACAUAUAACGAAAGCCGUAAAGGCGGGCUUACUGGUGCUGUGCGUGGAAUUACAACUGGUGCUGUGGACACUGUAACGAAGCCUGUACAAGGAAUUUUUGAUUUGGUCGAAGGAACAGCUUCAGCUGUUAAAGAAAUAGUUGGCGGUCCAUCAACGAGGAAGUCACACUUUCCGCUACAUCGGGUCCGAUUACCACGGGUUACAAUGAAUUUACAGUCGCUUUUGCCGUGCUAUUCCGAACGGCUUGCAUAUGCUCAGUUAGAGCUUUUGAGAAUUAGUGGAUUCGCUACGAAUGAAAUGCUGCUUGAUGUAGAAAUGUUAUUGGAUCAAGCAACAACCAAAAACCGAGUAAAACAGUAUGCUUUGGUUUGUUCCGAGCAGUGUUAUAUUGUCCGACAAAUUGAUUUAGAGCCCAGCAGUGUGGUGCAGAGAAUACCUUACAAACAGCUUAAAUUAAUUCAGGCAGUUCCUGUCAGUGAAAAAAAUAGCUUCUUUGGAACCAUAGAAGUAGUGUUAGAGAUUUCAUCUGGGCGAAGACAGCGUUUACCCCACAUAUGGUGUAAUCGUUUCGAAGUAGCGAAAAGACUAUGUGAAAAGGUAGGUCGAGCUAAGCAACUGUAUGAUCAUGGAAAAAGGACAUUAAAUACUGUAGAUGAUUUUGAUAUUCUUUGA